AUGGAGUUUAAGACCCAUUCCCAAUUCAGAGAUGCAGUCAAGGAGUAUGCCAUCAAGCAUGGUAAGCAUAUAACUUUCACAAAGAGUGACAGGGAGAAAGUUAGGGCAAUUUGCAAGACAGGUUGCCCUUGGGACAUUUAUGCUUCAUAUGUUCAUGCGGAUGCUGUGUACAGGGUUAAGACAUACAACUCUGAACGCAGUUGCACCAGAAGUUUUGAUGUUCCUUGGAAAGCUUACAGAGCUAGGAAAAAGGCACUGGAGGUGGUUCAGGGAAAAGUAGCUAAGCAAUAUGGACAAUUGUGGGGUUAUAUGGAGGAGAUUAAGAAUUCUAAUCCUGGUACUACAAUCAAGAUCCAAGUCAAACCUGUUGCUGGUUUUGAGGCAAUUGCCAAGUUCAAAAGGUUAUAUAUUUGCUGGGGUGCACUUAAAAGAGGGUUCCAAAUGAGAUGUAGACCUAUAAUUGGUUUGGAUGAUUGUCACUUGAAAGGGCCAUAUGGUGGGAUUCUUCUAACUGCUGUGGGAAUUGAUGCUAAUAACCAGAUUUACCCUUUUUCAUAUGCAGUGGUGGAGAUUGAGAAAUACAAAACUUGGCAUUGGUUCUUGGAACUUUUAGGUACAGACUUAAAUAUUCAGAACACUAGGACAUACACCCUUAUGAGUGACAAACAGAAAGGCUUGAUUGAAGCUGUGAAGAAUUUGUAUCCAAAUGCUGAGCAUAGAUUUUGUGUUAGGCAUCUUUAUAACAAUUUCAAACAAGACGUUAAAGGGUUGGUGCUCAAGGAGAUAUUGUGGAGGCUGCAAGGGCAAGCACUGUUCAGAGCUUUACAAAAGCAAUGUUCAGAGCUUUACAAAAGCAAUGGUGGAGAUGAAAGAGACAGAUACUGCAACAUUCAACUGGUUGGUACAGAGGCCAGUUGUCCAUUGGAGCAAAUCACACUUCAGCACUUACACAAAAUGUGA